AAACACAAUGAAGGCUUCAAGUUUCAUCUCAGAGAAAAUAGAGAACAAAAUCCAUGGCAACCGCAAUGAAGGCUUCAAAUUCAUCUCCAAAUGUUCAUCCACCUUAUUUUCAGAUGAUCACAGAGGCAAUAACAUCACUGAAGGAUCGAAAUGGUACGAGCCAACCAGCAAUAGCAAAGUUCAUGGAAGCUAAGUACAAGGAAUUUCAAGAAACUCCUCUCUGUUCAGUUAAAGAAAUUCGUAGAGUCGGAGAAGCUAUUCAAAAUCAACAAUUUCUAUAAGAUUUCAGCUAAUCCCCACAAGGAUAAGAUGGAGAGGCUUAGCCAAGUAAAGACCCCAGAAGCAUUGAAGAAGCAUGUAUCAACUA